AUCUAACACACAUUAAUUGACCACUUCUCUUUUCUUGAUAACAUUUAUUACUAUUAUCAUCAUUAUUUUACAAUAUAGUGAUAACAAACAUGGUGAAUGCGUCACAGAAAUUAAUGGUGGUGUGAGAAAGAAAAAGGAAAAAGGAGGUAGCUAUAGCUAGGAAGAAGAGUAGCAAAAAAAAAGUACUAAGUGACUACUACUAUGGCAUCUUCAAAUUCACCAUGUGCAGCAUGCAAGUUCUUGCGUCGCAAAUGCCAACCCGAGUGUGCAUUUGCACCAUAUUUUCCCCCUGACCAGCCUCAAAAGUUUGCAAAUGUUCAUAGAAUCUUUGGGGCAAGCAAUGUCACAAAGCUUCUCAACGACUUGCAUCCUCACCAACGUGAAGAUGCUGUCAAUUCUCUUGCUUAUGAAGCUGAGAUGAGGCUCCGUGACCCUGUCUAUGGUUGUGUAGGAGUCAUAUCGCUCCUCCAACACCAACUUCGCCAGCUUCAAAUGGACCUCUAUUGUGCAAAAUCCGAGCUCUCGAGGUACCAAAACUUGAGCACGACCACCAAUUUGAGUUCUCUAGCUUCUGAGUCCACAGCCACGACCUACCACCAUCAUCAAAACACGUCUGGUGGUGGUGGAUUUAGCCGUGACCAUCACUAUCAUUAUCAUCACCACCACCAGUUCUUUCCUAGGGACCAACACCAGCAACAACAAGUGGUGAAAAGCUUCGAUGCAGGCAACAACUACGAUGCAAGCCUCUUGGCAAUGAACAUAUCUGCCAGCUUAGGGCAACUCAAUCAGCUUCAACAUCAGAGUGCCACCGGCGGGGGCGACGACCGCAACCGCUCCUAGGGUUUCAUGGGGGUGACAUAUUUAAUGCAAUAGGUAAUUAAUUAAUUUAGUUAAACUUUUUUUCUUCUCUCUUCCUCUAAUUUCAGCUAUAAUGGUUCAUUUAAUUUGUGGUUGGUUAAUUAUCAUCAUUACUGAUAUCCACAUAAAUGCUUAUUUUGUCACUCACAAUGAUGUAUAAACAUGGACUCAUAACGAUGCCAGAUUCUUCAAUUC